AGAACCCUACGGGAAAGAGGAAGAAGAGGAGGAAGAGGCCUAUGUCGUCCUUGAUGUGCAACCCCGACAAUUGUACGACUCCUGCUGCUGUCGCGCCGCCCAGAAGAGGCCGGGUAGAAGACGAAGGGAACGCGGCUCGGGAAAUGCGCUCAGGAUACUUUACGUCGCUGCCGCCGCUGCCUUUCUCGCGCUUGCCGUCUCACCAGUGUCUGGAACGACGAAAGAAGAAGAGAUGGGGAUAUCUUCGGUCACAGAAGGAACUACCAUAGUCCUCGGCGCGAAAACAAGAACAGGAAGUGAUCCUGGAGGAGGUAUAGAUCUAUUAACAGCCCUGCAGCUUCAUAAUACUACUCGACAGGGAGUUACGCAGGUGCCAGGUCUGGUUAGAUUGAGACCAGCCUAUUAUCUUCAGGGCGAGGAGAGGGAGCUCCGACUGAACGAGGAGAACUUCGAACGGGCGGCCGCGCUACUCCGGCGGGUUCCGGAAUUCACUAUAGCAGCCGCGCUGCGUCAAGAGGAGGCCAAUUCUGGGACGAUCGUCGCCUUUGCACACGGGAACAAUAGGUAUUUGGAGCUGCAGAGCAGCGGACGCAAGGACGAGCUUCGACUUCAUUAUGUAUCACGCCGCGACGGAACCGUACACGUCGAGGCGUUUCCUUUCCGAUUAGCCGAUGGCGCCUGGCACAGGGUCGCCCUGAGCAUAAGCGGCUCGCAGGUCGAGCUGCUAGUCGACUGUCACCCUUUGUACAGGCGACUGCUGAGACCUGGUCCACCCGAUACCAAUUUCACCCUGCCGCAGCUCCAACUCUGGGUAGGACAGAGGAACGUCAGGCACUUUCUCUUCAAGGGUGCUUUACAGGACGUCAAGUUAAUAGCAGGACCUCACGGUUAUCUUUCCCAGUGUCCUCAGCUCGACUCAUCUUGUCCCACUUGCGGUCAAUUUUCGAUAUUACAGAAUACUGUGGAACAACUAAUGCACAAUCUCAAUGAAUUGACUCGUAGGCUAGCCGCUGCAGAGGGCAGGAUAAAUAAAGUGGAGGAGUGCGAGUGCCAAAAGUCCUGUAGGGUGAAUGGUACUAUCCACGAUGACGGCGAAUCGUGGUCAAAGGGUUGUCAACAUUGUUCCUGUCUUCACGGUGAGGUCGAGUGUAAACCUACGUUCUGCACUCCGGUCACUUGCAAGAAUCCCAUCAUUCCUGAGGGACAAUGUUGCCCGAUUUGUCUCAGACAAUGUUACUUGCAUGGCGUAAUUUACGAUCACGGCGAAAGGGUCUCGCCGAAGCAGUGCGUCGAGUGCAACUGCUACGACGGUAGCUUCACCUGCACGAGAAUCGACACUGACACCAAAUGUCCACCACUGCCGUGUCCACCCAGUGAGCAACUCAGCGUGGCAGAGGAAUGUUGCAAGUUUUGCCCAGGGGUGGACUACUGCGCGAAGGGCCACAAGUGUCAUACUAAUGCGUCCUGCCUGAAUCUCCAGACGACCUAUGCCUGCCAUUGCGAUAUCGGUUUUCAGGGGGAUGGUCUUAACUGUCACGACGUGGACGAAUGCAAGCAGCAAGGUGGAUCGAACGGUCACUACUGCAAUGCGAACACGAAGUGCGUCAACGUGAUCGGCUCUUACACAUGCGAGUGUCUUCCGGGUUACUAUAGAAUGGACAAGUUCAAUUGUGCCGAGCUAGAUGAGUGCGCGACUGGUCAGCACUUGUGUGACGAGCACGCCACAUGUGUGAACACUAAUGGUAGCUACUACUGCAUCUGCAAGGACGGCUAUACCGGCGAUGGUUUCACAUGCAAACCUGUAUGCAAUCAGACUUGCCAGAAUGGUGGCGAAUGUGUGACACCCGGAAGGUGCUCCUGCCGACGCGGUUACAUCGGCAACAGUUGUGAACUCGACCUGGACGAGUGUGCCAGCGAUCUGCAUCGAUGUCAUCAAUCGUCAACGUGUUUCAAUAUGCCCGGCUGGUAUUACUGCCGAUGCAAGCCUGGCUACAGGAGCGCCCUGCAUGAGAGCACUCAGGGCACGCAAUGCAUCGAUAUUGAUGAGUGUAACGAUCUAACGAUCGAGAGGAGGCACACGUGUCAUCCUACCGCAAAAUGCGUCAACACCGAGGGCGGCUAUGAGUGCGUAUGCCCACCGGCGAAGGACCUGGAAGAGUCCGGAAAAGAAUGCAGACUCAGUUGCUGGUUCGAAGAUCGGGAAGUUACCAACGGUGACACGUUGGCACCGUCCGGAAAUCCUUGCAGGAGAUGCACAUGCCAAGACGGCGUGAUCACUUGCAAGGAUCCCGUAUGUGACUGCAGCGCACCGGGAAGCCACAGGGAUAAGUGUUGUCCUCAAUGUAACCCCGCCGCAUCCUGUAGGCAUCAAGAGCUCCAUCACCUAGUCUUCAGAAGCGGAGAACGUUGGAUAUACCAAUGUCAGACUUGCGAGUGCCUGUACGGCGAAAUAGACUGCUGGCAGAUGGAGUGUCCACCGGUGACCUGUUCGAAUCCCGUGACCGAGGAGGGCGAUUGUUGUCCGCGCUGCGAAGACGAUCCCUGCGCUCGUGAGGCGUUGGUGAACAGCACCUCGUUCACGGUUCCUAGUCGUCCCCGGCCGUGCAGCUAUGCCGGCAUCAUCCACGACAGCGGCAGCUCCUGGCAGGACCCUCACGACAAAUGCACCACGUGCGAGUGCAAGGUGCCGUACUGCGCCCAAUUGGACGGGCAGCUUUGCUGCAGCUACGAUUAUGGCUGCGCUGGCGAUUUGGGCAACGACAAACAGCAACGUUCUUCAAUCGCUGUUCCUGAGCCUCUCAUACGCCAUCCACCGGACCAUGCGGUCCAGUCGCUGGUCAACGGUGCACCGGAAGCAGCUCUACCAGCAGCGGUCACUGGCACACCCGGCACCACACGCACCAUCACCACUUCCUCCAUCGCGAGCACUACUUCUCCUGUCUCGUCGCCCUCGCACUACUCGUCAUCCUCCAGCAUCAGCAACGACAACCCUCACAAUCUCAGGCAAGAUCACGCAACGGGCUCGCACAUUUUGUCGCGAGUCCAGCAAAGAGACAUGGCCUAUCAUGCCAUCAGAUCGCAACAAUACCAGCAACAAGCGUCGACCACGAGACACCAGCAGUUCAUUGCAGGCUCGACGACGUCGUCGACGGCAUCAGAACGGUCCGCGGUGCCGUCGACGACGACGACGACGACGACGACGACGACGACGACAAGAACGCCGCCCGCGACGUCCAUCGGCGGUAGACCAACGUUGCUGCGACGCGGCCAGUCAUCGAAUAUCAUCAAUCAUCACAGCGGUGCCGCCUCCACUUUUUCCUCUUCCUCGUCGUCAUCAUCAUCGACUCUCUCUGUGGUCUUGGCAACCUCAACGAUCGAGGAGCCCGCUCUACCGCCCGCGAGCAUCCCCGUGCAAAGUUCCAUCCGCCAGCUGGUCGGUCGCCGUCGCAAGGACAGCAGGAAGUCCAUUGUCCUUGACAGCGCUACUUGAGGGCCGUGGAUCUAGAGGAAGAUAGAAAAGAACGAACGCAACACAUUUGGCAAGGCAUUCCAGAAGGGAAACUCGAAGGAUCUCCCAUAGUUAUCCGACGCACGUUGCCUGUCUAUUACAUUGUCGGCAAAAAAGGGGAAAUGAGAUCGAUAGUUAGCGAAAAGGAGGUACGGGAUCAUUAGUGAUGUAGGCGAUAUUUGCGGAGGAUCGGUGCCACGAGGAAGACUUGUUCCUCUUUCUGGAACCUGUUUUAGGAAUUCGUCUGGCAUUUCCGAGAUCAACGCAUCGUCAAUGGAGCUAAAUCGACGAUCGCAUCACUGACCUUGAUCCUAGUCCAGCUAGAUUCUAGGUUCUCAUGCUAAGAUCGAAGUCGCUGAUACUGUCAAGUUCGUGUUGUUUGCGAUCGAGUCGUUUGCGAUCGAGUCGUUUGCGGGUGACCUAGUCGCUAUCGACAUCCGAACAGCCGCAGGCCGGGUUUAUGGCUGAGAGCGUGUACGCGUCCAGGACGUUCGCUUUUCUGCUUGUAUUGCUCGCUCGAGCUGAUGACCUUCGCCUUUGGUCGCCCUCGCCGGAUGAACGUUGAGAUGCUACUCAUUCUUCGAGAGAUAAUCGGUGCGGAAAUGACUUUCAAGAUCAACAUAAAGGAUUUACGCACGAUGAUCAGCUUGCAAAUUUAAAUAUAAUAAAUAUGCAAUAAGUAUUGAAUACAUCAUGUGGUUCUCUAUUGAAUCAAAAAUGCAGAGUAAUCUGAAUUGAUUCCAUUUGUAAAUUUUGGCUAACAGCGAUAUUACCUGGAUAUUAACUUCUUACAAAAUUUGUUUACGCCUCUUAGAAUACAUUACAAAUAACAGUAUAACAAAAGAACUUUGUAUUGUUGAUACGAAUAAAUUAGAAUUAAUAAGUAAAGUAUUUACAUAAGAGUAAAUAAGAGUUCACACAUCAGAGAGUUGAAAGCUAUAUAUAUUUUUUGUGAACUUCAUAAGUAACGUAAUAUGAAAUUUAAAAACGAAUAAAAUUUGCUUAUAAAUCAAUUAUUUUCUUCUUACACAACUAUUAACUGCAACAAUUGCAAUAUUGUUAGUGAAACUUACGGGAUUGAUAUUGGUUAUUUAAUUUGCGAAUAAAAAAUAUUGCAUAAUUUGCAAUUCACACAUUUUCACGAUUCGAUCAUAAACAUUGUACCAUCAAAUUUUCACAUAAUCAUCAAGAUUGUGCAUAAGCGCAAUAAAUAAUUAUGUAAUGAUAUGA